CCGUCGCUCGCAGGGCGCCCAGGGCCUCCAGGACACGCCAGAUCCCCGCGAAACGAGCGUUCCAGUUCAUUUCAGUAUUUCACGCCAUAGGACACGUCAAGUCAUGAAAUCGCUCAGGAAUGGCUCUAAACCCUCGAAAUGUUGGAGGGGGACCUGCGGCCCUUCGCUAUCAGUUCUAAUGACUAUACAGUUGUCUUACAUACACGAAUGAAUGGCCGGGAGCUCCUUGGGAGGGGUCCGAACACCUUUUGGCCGGGUCCCAUGCAGCGCGAACCUGGAUCCAGGCCGAGUUGCACACCCCCCUCCCCUGCCGACGAGUCUAAAACUUACAAGUAUGGCGACAAGCAGCUGGACCCCGCUACCUACGCUGCCACCCUAAAGGGUGCGAAGACCAAAAAUCGCGCCUGGUGGUGGUCUCGUUUCAACGUCCUGCUCGCGGCGGGUUCGGUGAUGCUCGAGUGCACUCGCUGCCUUCAACAAGUCAGCGCCGUGAACCCGUCAGUAGCGGCGCCGCAGCACGUAAAGGCAUGCGACAAGCGCGUGAAGAAGGCGCUGGAGGCUGGAGCAGCGAGCGGCACCGACCGUACGUCCGCCCCCACCCCCGGCCCCACCCCUGACCCGACCCCGACCCCGGGCGCCUCCAACUCUGCCACUGGCGAGCUCAAGCGGCAGCGCACUGACUCUGGUCUCCGCAGCUUUUUGUUCCCCGCCCCGCAAAUCGCCAUCUUCCUGUGCAACCUGGCCCUCUUCUUCUUCAAGUGCAACAUUGCUCUGCACCUGAUUGAGCACCCCAACCUGGUAGCCGCGUGCGCCGCUGUGGGCAUCAUCCUGCCUGGCCGCAAGAAGCUCGCCACCACCAUGCUGGACGAGGCCUACACUGACCUGAAAAGCGAGCUAGAGAAGGUGGAGGAGGCUGACGGCGGGCUGGCUGCAAUUGCUACCGACGGCUGGCGGAGCCGUGUUGCGCUGACUGGCACUCCCCUCAUCAACGUUAUGAAGCUGCUGUUCAACCGCGCCAUCUUCUGCAAGGUCAUCGCCGCAGCUGGUGUUGUGAAGGACGCCCCGUGGAUUGCGCAGCAGCACAUCAAGCUGGCUGCAGACGCUCAGUUUGGCGUGUUCAAGGGCUGCGCGGACAAGUGCCUCGGCUUCAUUAUGGACAACACCAAGGCCAACCGCAAGGCUAUGGUGCUGUUGCGCAAGCACAACCCGCAGUGGAUUUGCGUGGGCUGCGUCGCACAUGGCUUCUCCCUGUUCUUCAAGGACCUGUCCGACGAGCGCAAGUGCAGCUGGACCGCGGGAGUUGUCUCCGCCAUGCUCAUGAUGUCCCUGCUCAUCAACAGCGCCGAGCGCAUUCGUGCCCUGCUGCACACCGUUAUGGCGACGGUGUACGGCAGGGUGAAGGGCAUUACCGUCCAUGCCCCAACUCGCUUUGCCUGCCAGCUGUUCAUCGCCCGCGACCUACUGGAUGCCAAGGCCUCUCUGCGCGAGCUUUGCUUGCACACUAGUUGGGAGGACGCCAGUGCCAGCUCAACCAACGCUGAUCAGUUCCGCAACGCCGUGCUUGCCAACCGCCCCUACUCCAACCUGUGGUACAAGAUGGAGGCCUACGUGGAGCUCGCACAGCCCGUCAGUGACACCAUUCGCCAGCUGGAGGCGGACGCGUCAAUGCUGAGCCAGGUGUACCCCGUUGCCACACAGCUGCGUGCCCACGUCAAAGCCUUCGAGGAGAAGCACCCCACCCUCAAGGGCGUGCUGUCCCUGUUCGACAAGCGGUAUGAAAGCACCAUCCGCAGCCCCGCCAUGCUGGCCGCCUACCUGCUCGACCCCAUCUACUUCCUCCAGGAGGAGGGCGACUGGACCCCACCAUUCAGCAAGCUCUCAGUGCCCGACCAGAAGGACGCCAAGCAGUUUGUGUGUGAGCUGUAUGGCGGCGCUGACAAGGAGAAGCAGGCGGUGGCAGCCAAGGAGUGGGACCUGCUCGAGCUGAGCGGUGUGCCCACCGACUGUGGCGGCCCCGUGCCCUCCCUGGUUGAGCGCAAGGACAUCACCGACGCCAAGGGCAAGAAGGUGGGCAUCGAGGUGGCUGCUCUGUCGCUGCGCCUGCGCUUCUGGCGCAAGAAGCUCAAGGCCACCUUUCAGGCCUUGGCGUUCGCGGCUGAGCGGCUGCUGUGCAUGCACGCCACCACCUGUGCCGCCGAGCGCAACUGGUCGCUGUGGGGCAACAUCUUCACCAAGGCACGCAACCGCCUGGGCCAGGAGCGCGCAGAGAAGCUGAUCUUCAUCCGGCAGAACAGCGUGGUCCUAGAGUCGCGCGGUCGUGGUGUGCUGUUUGAUGAGGAGGUGAUGAUGUCGUUGCUGGGCUCGGGUGAGGAGGAGGAGGAGGAGGCGGUGGAGGCAUCGGUGUAAAGCCUGCUAGGUGGUACCCUGGAGGCCACGCACUGCCACAAUGACCUAAUGAGUGUGAGGUGGCGCUGCAGGCGGCGCAAGGAUGAGAGCGGGCUGAUACGUUUGUUGCAGUAGGGGGUAAUUGUCUGAUUUAUAAAGUGUAUGGACGGUAUGGUUGUAGGUCAGUAGGCAGCAAGUUCAGAGUAGUCAGCGAGGCUGUGACGACGGCUGCAGCAACACUUGAUAGUCCACUUGAUAGUAUGCUCACAAAUAUUAAGCGGAAGUUGGGUUUGGGUGGCGUGCCACACGCGGACACGCCAGACCAGAGGCCCAGAGGGUUUCCCGGUACAGGCGAAUUGUGUGUCGACGGGGAUGGAAGCGGGCUGCCCGUUUUUGGGGUACCCGGCUUCCGCUGUGCGUGCCGCCAUGCAGCCGUGCACCUAAUACCGUGCACAAAACUACAGCACAAUGCUUGGCUCUCAAAACCAGAUAUGAGCGCGCGCCAACUGAGUUGUG